AUGCGAUUGUUUCCAACUUCAAUGACUUCUAUUUUAGAUAACUUGAGUUUCAAUGACACAAAGACAAUUGAAGAGAAAUCUGCUUCUGCAACGGCUUCUUCUGUUAGUCUCAAUGAGAAGGCAGAAUCAUCUGAGAAGCCAAUUGAGCAGGAAAAAGGGGAGGCUUCUCUUUUGGAAGCAGAGAAGAAAAAACUUGAAGACAAGUCUGCAGAAACAAAUGAGAAGGCAGCUAACAAUGAGUUCUACUUGUCUCCUAUUUUGGAUGCUUCUACAGUGACUUCUAUUUUAGAUAACUUGAGUUUCAAUGACACAAAGACAAUUGAAGAGAAAUCUGCUUCUGCAGCGGCUUCUUCUGGGAGGCCUCUCUUUUGGAAGCAGAGAAAUAAAAACUUGAAGACAAGUCUGCAGAAACAAAUGAGAAGCCAACUACUAUAUCUUUUUGAAUCACUUUCAGUGGACGCUGCUUCUGCAGUGUUUCCUAUUUUGGAUGCUUUAACAGUGACUUCUAUUUUAGAUAAUUUGAGUUUCAAUGACCCAAAGACAAUUGAAGAGAAAUCUGCUUUUGCAGCGGCUUCUUCUGUUAGUCUCAAUGAGAAGGCAGAAUCAUCUGAGAAGCCAACUGAGCAGGCAAAAGCGGAGGCUUCUGUUUUGGAAGCAGAGAAGAAAAAACUUGAAGACAAGUCUGCAGAAACAAAUGAGAAGCCAGCUACCAGUGAGUUCUACUUGGAUGCUGCUUCUGCAGUAUCUCCUAUUUUGGAUGCUUCAACAAUGAUACAAAGACCAUUGAUGAGAAAUCUGCUUCUACAGCGGCUUCUUCUGUUAAUCUCAAUGAGAAGGCAGAAUCAUCUGAGAAGCCAACUGAACAGGCAAAAGCGUAGGCUUCUCUUUUGGAAGCAGAGAAGAAAAAACUUGAAGACAAGUCUGCAGAAACAAAUUAGAAGCCAGCUACCUGUGAGUUCUACUAAUCUUCUUGAAUCAUUUUCAGUGGAUGUUGCUUCUGCAGUCUCUCCUAUUUUGGAUGCUUCUACAGUGACUUCUAUUUUAGAUAACUUGAGUUUCAAUGACAUAAAGACAAUUGAAGAGAAAUCUGCUUCUGCUGCGGCUUCUUCUGUUAGUCUCAAUGAGAAGGCAGAAUCAUCUGAGAAUCCAACUGAGCAGGCAAAAGGGGAUGCAUCUCUUUGGGAAGUAGAGAAGAAAAAACUUGAAGACAAGUCUGCAGAAACAAAUGAGAAGACAACUACCAUGGACACUGCUUCUGUAGUGUCUCCUAUUUUGGAUGCUUCUACAAAAUCUGCUUCUACAUCGGCUUCUUCUGUUAGUCUCAAUGAGAAGGCAGAAUCAUCUGAGAAGCCAACUGAGCAGGCAAAAGCGGAGGCUUCUCUUUUGGAAGCAGAGAAGAAAAAACUUGAAGACAAGUCUGUAGAAACAAAUGAGAAGCCAGCUACCAGUGAGUUCUACUUGGAUGCUGCUUCUGCAGUAUCUCCUAUUUUGGAUGCUUCAACAAUGACACAAAGACAAUUGAUGAGAAAUCUGCUUCUACAGCGGCUUCUUUUGUUAGUCUCAAUGAGAAGGCAGAAUCAUCUGAGAAGCCAACUGAGCAGGCAAAAGGGGAGGCUUCUCUUUUGGAAGCAUAGAAGAAAAAACUUGAAGACAAGUCUGCAGAAACAAAUGAGAAGGCAGCUAACAAUGAGUUCUACUAAUCUUCUUGAAUCACUUUCAGUGGAUGUUGCUUCUGCAGUCUCUCCUAUUUUGGAUGCUUCUACUGUGACUUCUAUUUUAGAUAACUUGAGUUUCAAUGACACAAAGACAAUUGAAGAGAAAUCUGCUUCUGCAGCGGCUUCUUCUGUUAGUCUCAAUGAGAAGGCAGAAUCAUCUGAGAAGCCAACUGAGCAGGGGACGCGUCUCUUUGGGAAGAAGAGAAGAAAAAACUUGAAGACAAGUCUGCAGAAACAAAUGAGUAGCCAGCUACCAGAGAGGCCUCUCUUUUGGGAAGUAGAGAAGAAAAAACUUGAAGACAAGUCUGCAGAAACAAAUGAGAAGCCAACUACCAGUGAGUUCUACUUGGAUGCUGCUUCUGCAUUAUCUCCUAUUUUGGAUGCUUCAACAAUGACACAAAGACAAUUGAUGAGAAAUCUGCUUCUACUGCGGCUUCUUCUGUUAGUCUCAAUGAGAAGGCAGAAUCAUCUGAGAAGCCAACUGAGCAGUCAAAAGAAUCUUCUUGAAUCACUUUCAGUGGAUGUUGCUUCUGCAGUCUCUCCUAUUUUGGAUGCUUCUACAGUGACUUCUAUUUUAGAUAACUUGAGUUUCAAUGACACAAAGACAAUUGAAGAGAAAUCUGCUUCUGCAGCGCCUUCUUCUGUUAGUCUCAAUGAGAUGGCAGAAUCAUCUGAGAAGCCAACUGAGCAGGCAAAAGGGGAUGCUUCUCUUUGGGAAGUAGAGAAGUAA